GCAUCAUCUUGACCGGCAGCCUCCGCGGCCAUGGCAGCAGGUAAAAGGGCGGAACAGGCAGCCGGCUCUGCACGGAGAGAGAGAGAGAGAGAGCGAGAGAGAGAGAGAGAGAGAGAGAGAGAGAGAGAGAGAGAGCGAGAGAGAGAGAUGCGCAAUAGAACUGCACUCGACACACUUUGAUUUAAAUACUAUCUUUUAUUGAACACGUCUGGAUCAGAAAAUAACCACUAAAGACCUGAGGCUUUUAAUGUGAAAUUAGUGCUCAUUGUAGCCUAUAAGGUUUCAUUUAGCAGCUAUAGUUGCAAAUCACAGGCAUCAAUGUGUAGUAGGUCAAUGUGUAGGUCAGUAUCACUUUUGACGCGCAGUCACUUCUUGUUUUUACAUCUUAUUCUUUAGGCAAGAAAUAAUUUGUCAUAAAAAAAACGGUUGCUGUGAUUUUAUAUUAAUUAAUCUGUUUCUGUCUGUUUACCCUACUUUUUUUACUUUUAAAAAUAGUCAGUGGUCUGAAACCGAGAAAUAUCUCAAAUUACUUGAGUGCACAUAUUUUAUAAGAAUGAAUGAAUAAAUGAAUGAAUGAAUGGUGGGUAGUUUUUUUUUUUUGUCAUAUUCAUUUUAAAAUCAACCACAGUAUUCUGUCUGUUUCCAAGGGUCUUGUACAUGUCUGUUUUCAUUCCUCCUUUUAGUCCUCAAGGUUUGCAUGAUCCUUCAUCUCAGGUGGUAUAAUAUUUAUCUUUAUUUCUUUUCAUCUAGCUAUGGUUAUGCACAGAAUUUUCCAUUUUGAAAAAGCAGAAGGAGACAGUACACAAUUUGAACUCAUUUUAUUUGUCAGAAAAGGAAGGAGAAGGAAACUCUGACUUUGUCUGAACCUUAAAACACAAGAGAACAACAAACAAAUGUUAUACCCAAGAAAUGUCUUCACAGUUUGAAAAAUAAAACUAUAAAAUGAUGAUGUGUUUAUUGUGUUGCUUGACAAAAUAUGAUGUGAGAACAUGAUGCAGUUCCUAUAAAAACCACAUGAGGGAAGUACAAGACAUGAAACUUAAAGGACUCACAGCCUACGGUGAACAAGGUUUCAUUAAUAAACAGCAGUAUUUCUCCUUGCAUUCUGUUCUCAAUAAGUCAGACUUUGUCCAACAUUAUUAAGGUCACUUGUACAUUAUUAUUCAACAUCUAGCUGACUGCAUGCAAUAAUGAACACAAGUAUAAUGGAACCAACCAACACAUCUGCCAAAAAAUACAGUGUGUAUGUGUCUUCCAUUCUUUCAAUUCAUUCCUGACCAGAUUAGCCCAGUCCCUUAAGUAAGUCUCUGAACUCUUUGUUGUUCAUCCAACAUGAUAUUCCUUUCCAUGUUGGGGUUUGUUGUGAAGCCAGAAGUGACCAUACUUGAAAGAGUGGUGCCUGGGAGGGGCUGGAAAACUUGGAGCUGCUGAGCAAAGUUAUAACCUUGCUCAUUACUGAAUAAGAUUCUGGGAGAGGAUUUUCAUGGGUUUGCUGAUGGUUUGUAAUGCUUUGUGCACUAGCAGAUGUCUUUAAGUUUGUUACUGGUAACAGUAGUAGCUGUAGUUGUAGUCGUAGCAGCGUAUUUGUCAAACAAUGACCAACAAAGUCCAAAGUUGAUUCUCAGACACUUUCAGGGAAAAAGUGAAAAAAAUGAUGACGCCUAACUGGAAGCCUGAUUUAAUACUAACAAACAUUAACAAUCAGGAUAAAGUUUAAAAAGAAAAAAAUACAACCGGGCUGUAAAUGUGUUUUUUUUCUGUUGUGAAGUUGCUUGCUUCAAUGAAGGCUUUUAUAGGAGCCGGCUCAGCUGAAGGCUGGCCUCUGGAGGCCAUUUUAGGAGCUGCAGUUUUUAGCACUUUCGAUUUUCAAUCCCAAAAGUGGCCUCUUGAUCUGACAGAUGUGACAACUGUCCCAUAAAAAGACAAGCAGACAUUUCACAUGCAGUUUCACAAUUCAACGAUCCCCUAAAACCAACUGCAUUUGUCCAACUGCUCCAGUAGAUACAGGUCAAAUUAUUAGCCUCAGUGUAUAAAACUUGUAUCACCAGUCUGAAUGUUACAGUAUUUUAAUAUAUUACAUUUUUAUGUGUUUUACAUCAGAAAAAGUCUUCAAAUUUUGGGUGGCAACAAUGACAUUUAGGGUGUUUUUGUUACACUAAAAGGAACCUGGCCAGAGUAAGCAGGACCCCAGUGUGGAGCAGAAUGUCAUAAGUUAUGGUAUCUGGACUUUACGUUCCUGCCUGCACUAGACCCCUCUUAAAAAAUAAUGAUACCCUUGAGAUAACCAAGAAUUGUAGAUGUUAGCAUAAUGACCUGGAACAUUAUGCUGGUUUGCUUGCAGUGUACUGGGAGGCUUGCUGGUUUUAAGCUUGCAAACCAGUUGGUUAACAACUCAGCCUGCAUUUAUCGAACUGUAAGUCCCAACAGGGCAAAAUUAUGUGAAUAACCCCUUAACUGAUUCUCUUUCUCUAGUUAAGUGUUAUAAUGACUUACCAUCAUCAGAUUGGGCUCAGCUGCCCAGGGCAACAAACUAAGCUGCCCACAGCCACAGGGACUUACCCUGCACCUGGUGCACAAAUCAGCCACACUCCCUAAACCCGACUGAGGCCCCUAACCUGUCCUUACACUUCACCUUUUAAACCCCUGCCCGGAGUCUCUGAAGACAAAUCUUAAUGAUCUGUCCAUUUCUGGUCAGCAUGAUUGUCCGGGUCCCCACAGAUGCGAAACUGGACCCUCAAUCUGCAGACUUGCUAAAACCUGUUCCUGUUGAGCUGCAGUGGUAUUCUCUUGUUUCUGCAAAACUUCUGCUGUGGAGCUGAAAUACAAAGGUCCUUCUACGAGUGGAACCUCAUCAAAAGUCUCUUUUGCAGAGCAGUAGCAGAGUCCUGUUUCUGCAGCAGACUUGCAUCAAAGAGGCCUUUAUUUCUGCUGUGGAGGAGCAGUUCAGGUGCAUUAAUCUCUAUGAACUACCAGCUUCUUCGCAUCCCAGCUUCUAGCCUGUUGCUCAGUCACAGCUGGAACCCCACCUCUAUUACUCCGUCCUUCCCACAAUAAUCACAUACUCAUUUCCCAAGGUCCCCUUCACCUCCUCAAUAGAUGCCUGGGACCUUCUCCUUCAACACACCUGUUCCCUGAUUUAUCCAGCCAAACAAGUGUCCUGACCUUUCCUCACCUCCUGCUCAUCCUCUUCCAAUUGUUCAGAGGCUAGCUUCUCUUUUACUGUUUCUCCACUUCUGUGCCUUUCUCUGAUUUUUUUUUUACAAUAAGGUUUUAUUUAUGAAUCCUGGCCUUGCUUGCUUGUUUCUCAUGACCAGUAUGGUUUUAGGGUAUAAGAACUGUUGUAUCUUUUCAGGCCAAAGUUUUAAUCAACCUAGUCUUUGAGUAUUUAUUCAUCAAGCCUUGGUGGGCAACAAAGAAGGCAUCAGGUAAAAAUGUAGGGGUAUUCCAAAAACCCUUUAUUUUAUUUUAUUUCAUUAUAUUUUCGACGAUCUGUUUGGAAAUGAAUCUUCUCAGUCUUCGACAUAUCUCAUCCAAGUGAGUCAGAACCCAAACUUGAUUUAAUCAUCAGUUUUUUUUCUUUGUGAGAACAGCUAUAAUUUGAGCUUCACGUCCAAAUUUUGAAUUAAUGCCAAUUUUCUUUUCUGUCAAGUUGCUGUUAAACAGAAAAUGACUACACAGAGAUAUAGGCAGAUAUAAUGUCCUUAUAGGACUGUGUGAUGUAAUUGGAUGUAUCAAAUCCCCGGUAUAAACGGCUUUGAGAGCUUUUAAUUGGCUGAUGCAUCAACAAUCUAUGGGAAAGGACUUUGAAAGGUUGCUUUGGCGUGUAAUGCCCUAAAUAUCCACAAAGGGGCAGAGUGGAUCAGGUAAAAUAAUCGAGCCAGAGAUAAAAAGACGUCCACACUCACGAGGAGAGGGGGUGAUGGCACGCACAGGAAUUAACAGAUAGAGAGAAACAGGAAAAGAUGGGUGGCUCCUGCAAAAAAUCAAUGAAAGGGAUACAAUGUGGAUGUCCAAUUCAUUCACUGGAAAACAAUUAAUGUUCGGAAGCUGGCCUAUUUAUAGGUUUAAUGCCUGGAGUAUCAUUCAAUCAUUCAAAUGUAUUGAGCGUGCACACUUUGCCCAAUUAGGCCAGAGCCCAACUGUGUCACAUUUACACUGAUCAGACUGCAGCACAAGUCUACAGCUGACAUACUAACCAGUUAUUGAAUCUGACCAAUAAUUAGACUGUUGUGAAAAACUGAGAAUAAUAAGAGCAAGAAAAGAAGUGCUUAAUUGGGUGAAGGGUUGCAGGAAAAUCUGUCUGAUUAGCCUUGUCCAACAGAAGGGGAUUAAGCUUUUAGGCAGUAAUUAUUAUAAAGCAUACGUCAGCACAUAUCCACCCAUUUCAGGCGGACGGAGGAGCAGAGGGGGUGUCCUGCUCGGUGGAUGCGCUCUGCGAGGAACCCGGUCAGACGUGGAGAGACCCGGGAACAGAGGCAGGAACAGGAAUAUCCUCCUGAGUCAGUGCCACGACGCUGACACACCACACUCUCCGGCAGGGCAGCCUCUGCUCCGAUAAUAAGCAUCCUAUGCUAUUCUGCUCAAGAUGGCGGUGCAGGCAGCGGAAAAGGACGGAAUAGUGAGUAUUUUGGAGCUUCGUAUGAACCAGGGUGGGGAUAAGACAUGAUUUUGGUAUUGCUCAGUGCGUAACGGGCUGUUGAUUUGACCGUUAUGUCGAUUAUCCGGCGCUUGUUGAAAAUGCAGAGUGCACUGCGCUGCGCAUCGAGCGCAACGCGAUUCCUCUUUCAUGUGUAGCCAGGAGGAAAUCCAAUAUGUGCGAGGUGAAAUGUAUCGGCGCUAUGUGCUCACCUUGCCUUUUCAACCAGGGAUUUUCGUUUUGCCCUUGCACAACAGAAGUGCAGGUUUACAAGGUUGCGGAUGCGGAUCUUAUUUGGUUUAUAACGCGGACACCUACAACAUGACAGGUUCGCUGCCACCACCUCGUCAUUGUUGGGUACAGCCGCGUGCAAGGCCACACAGUGUGUUUGUACUGGUAGACAGGCCUGCAGCUUCAUAAUGGUGUUCAGACUCAGUCAGGUCACUUUAUAAUCGACCUGACUGUGCGAUAAGUGACAGUUUGUAUGCUGUGUCUUUUUGUCACUGGUGUUGCAGACUGUGGAGGAUGACCACCUGAACGACUCGCUAGGGAACCCCGGUCUCAUCUCACCUGAUAAGGAGGAUUUAUCGCGUCUUCUGGUACGAAAAAGGCUUUAGCUACCCCCUAAGUGUCCUUGUUUGGCGCUCGCUCCUGGCUGUGCGUAAUAAUUUAAUGUGCUUUGCUUAGACGGUGCCAUUCAGUGGACGGAUCCGGGGCGGUAUGCGGCCUGGAAAGAAGAUAAUAGUGAUGGGCAUUGUUGACCUGGAGCCCGACAGGUAAGGUAACACUCAACAAUGCAUGCAGACGCACCUUAUCUGCAGGCAAGCUGUAUCCCAUUGCUCUUGAAACAGAAAUUCUCGUGCACGUGCAAGCUAGAGAAUGUUGGAGGUAUGCUGUUUGUUGUAAGGGCAGUCAGACUUGCACAGCCACUCCUGGGCACAUUGAGUAAUGCGUGGGCAGCCAGAGAGAGAAUAGUGGCUAGUUAAGUAUGCAGAGACAGGGCGUUCCCCAACAAGCAGGGAGGAAAAGGGGGGGAAAUGGGGAAAAAAGAGGACCAAGGCAAGCUUGUUUGGGUGUGUCCUUUCUCUACAUGGAAACUUGUGUCAAACUUGGAAAGAAACUCCCCAUGACCUCAUCCCGCUCAGUGGCCGCUGCUGGCACAGUUUUCAUGGCAAAGUUCAUGUGAACGUCCUGUCCGGCAAGGCUCAAAAUAAACAACUGUUUCCUCAGCAAGUUUGACACCGUAAUCAUGUCUACACACCCAAACAAAGAGGUUUGUGUGUAAACAGCACAGCUGCAGGGGAGGGUUGGUUAACCAAAUCGAGCAGCAGGGAUUAUGCAUUAUUAAGACACUAUUGGUUUGGUUGAACACAUCGGCAUUAGCAACAGAAUUAUGCAUUUGAUUUAUCCCAGAUUAGUAAUUGGGCUCAUAUGUUGUCUGUCUGACUCUGUGAUCUUCUGUUUCUUUCCUCAGCUUUGAUGUGAGCCUGACAUGUGGCCGAGACACAGAGAAAGAGGAACCUCUGUAUGAUGUGGCCCUGAAACUCACCGCCCGCUUCACUGACCGCCAGUUUCUGCGCAGCGCCCGCGUCUCUGGGAAGUGGGUUGGGGAGGAGGCGUCUACUGCCUACUUUCCUUUUAUCCCUGAUCAGCCUUUCAGGGUAAACAUCUUUUUCUUACAGUCACAUGCCAGAUGAUUGUAGUGGUCUUUGUGUGGAGGCUGGGUCAGCUGAAGUUUGGUGGUUUUCUGUUGAUCAUGAGGUAUAUUCUUUCUGCUAUGAGACCUAUGGAUUUUGACUCUACAGUACUUUUAGCUGCAGUAUACUUAAAAUUUAUUUUUUUAUUUGAUGUCUUGUUUGAUCACAUCAGAAAAUCCAAAGUGUUGUCAUAGCUGUUGCAAGAACAGUUCUACUAUGAAAACAUUACAACAGGGUAAAGACUUUUUAGCUUAGAUGACACAAUAAAUUGCAAUGAGACCCAUUUUGGGGGCUUGAUAAACAAUCUUGUUGAUCAAAUUGCCAAAAACAGGACAGAAUAUCAGUAAUUAUUAACACUGCCAGUGGCAAUGUGGUUAGAGUAAAUGUCAUUCAAAGUUGUAAGUAGUGAUGCACGAUAUGAAAAAUUUCAACCGAUACCGAUAACCGAUAAUUUUCUUCUUCUCAUGGCCGAUACCGAUAACCGAUAAAUUCAUAUUUUUACAUUUAUUAUAAUCUUCAUAUAAUCUGCAGUUUGAGCAGGAUGCAGCGAUUGAAAACUGAUGUUUUUGUUGCUCUGGCCUAUCUAGAACAACAAACAAAAGUUUUUGGCUCUUCAAAUGUGGUCAUUUGCUAUAAAUAACAAUAACAGAGCAAAAAGCAGAACUUCAUUUGAUCCCCUGAACUGUUCAACAGAACUGUAAACUGUAAAGGAGCUAUUAUGAGACGUUAGGCUUAGCAUGCUGACCGGACUAACAUCUGACGUCCAUAUGACUGUGGUAAAACUCACGUGUAGUCCGUUCUUGUCGAUCAGGUUGUGAAUGUAUGUGGCGACAAUAUCAUAGAGUGCAGGAAGAGACACAUCCGAGAAGAAGCGGCGGCUUGGGAGAGUGUAACGUGGCUCCAAGUGUGCUAUUAACUUGCGAAAACCCGGGUUCUCAACGACGGAAAAAGGCUGGUCGUCGACUGCUAUGAACUCCAUCACUUUGUCGUUAAUGGCUUUAGCCUUUUCGCUGUCUCUUGAGAAGCUUUUGCAGUUUUUAAACACCCGCUGAAUGGGGACAUCGAUCCUCCGUAGUGUUGUUGUCUUAGUUUUAGUACCGCUAGCAGCUUCGGCGGCUGUCUCAUAUUCUUUUACUACCGCUUCGCCGCGAUGGCGACUUUUCAGAUGAGCUAUCAGAUUCGUUGUGUUAAAACUUGACGUCUUCUUUCCUCCUCUCGGAAUCCUCGCUGAACAGGUUUUGCAUAUAGCAAUGCUGUUGUCAUCUUCUGCCACUGAGAGAAACGACCAUGCUGGUGAAGACAUUUUAUUAUCUGUCAGGUAGUGACGGGGUCAGGCUUGGGACCUGCGAGUAAGGCGCGAUAGAUGACGUAACCAGCGCGUCUCGGACGGGCGGCUACUCCGCCUGCAAACGUUACUCGUAAUUUCAUUAAUAUAUCGGAUCUUUCUAUCGGAAAAAUGCACCUAUCGGACCGAUAAAAAAUGACGUAAUUUCCCCCAAAUCGGCCGAUAUUUUAUCGGUCCGAUAAAUAUCGUGCAUCCCUAGUUGUAAGUAACUGCUGUGUAGAUGUAAGAGACAAACAGGAAAUGUUUUUCAUGCUACAUCAUAUCUUUCCUCUGUGAAUACAUGCUGUGUUCUGUGUAGUGGUCUGAUAAAUGCAUUAGAGGCAGCAUCAGCUGUUUAUGUGUGGAUGUAGUGGGGGCCUAAGCAGCAUUACAUAUGCAGGAUGAGUAAUCCUCACAUGACCAGAGGGAAUCUGCAAUGUUGUUUUCUGCUCUAAUAAGUCUGAAUCUGCACAGAAGAAACAUAUGGUGUUGGACUAAAAAUAUAUGAUGACACGGUUUCAUCCAGAAGUGAACUCUGCAGCCUUUGGUUCCACACUUGAAGUCAUCUCUGUUUAAAGACUGUUGGUUCAGGCCAUAAGAAAACGUCACUGGACAAAUAUUAUCUUUGCCUUAUUUUGGGAGGCGAUUCCCACAUCUGUUAUGUUAUGUCAGCCUCCUGUUAAAGAGUUAUUGUUUAUUGCCAGUCAAGCGGGUCAGCACAUUCAUGACUCUGCCAAAAGCUGGAGGCUGCAGACUAAUGCUGCCAUGCUGGCUCACCAGUACGCAGGCACGUGGAUAGACACAUGAUCAGUUGUGGUUUUGGAGCACGACAGCUGGAGUUCAAUUAAAAGUCUGCCCCAGGAAGUGGGAACAGACCCACUGGAUUAUUUUUCUUUGGCCCAAACCUUAAAGGAGAGAUGUUAAUACUGCUCUGUUUCCUUUUCAUGUAUGGGAAAGUGGCUUGUUUUUAAGGCUGCUGUUUGAUGGCUUGACACCUUAAAACACUUGAAAACAGUUGUUUUUAAGUAUCAGUCUGGAUUGUGAUUUGAUCUUGUGUUAAGCUUUUAUAAUUGACUGUGCAGACUACUUAAGCAGCUGGCUACAAAUUGAGAACAUUCAUCCUGUUAAGCCCACAAAACUUUGCGUUUACUAACUGUUCCCUGUACUAAGUUAAAUAUGCAGUUGUAAAUAGAAAAAAUACAUGGUGAAAUGAGGUGCUGAACUCUGCUCUGAAAUACAUUUCCAGCCCAAAUCUGUCAAAAAGAUGGACAGCUGUGGGACGACAUGGGAAAGGUUAUAGCUAAAUCACAAGAUAUUUUUGUUUAAAGUUUUUGGAUCAAAAGAAAGUAUGUUAAGUCUGGGAUUUGCUGGGUGGCCUGGAAAAUCUAUAGCUGAUACUUAUAAAUCUGUUUGGCUUUUUCCCCAAUUCUAUCUUUUUAGGCUCAACAUGAACUCAUCCCACAUAUUCUCUCCUUUCUCUGAGCCAGAGUAAGAAUUAUCAUGCUGUGGCAAAGAUUCAGUUAUCUCAGAACAAGUCCUGGACACUGACAAAACUUGCCUCUUUUUUGUGGGAUUAAGAUAUCAUACCACACACUGAUUAGCUACAAAGAUGCUGGCCACAUCAUUAUCUUUUCUACCAUAUGAGGAAGCUGAAAUAGCUGUUUGCCUGUUAACAAUAUUGUUUCUUGGGUAACCUAAUUGCUGGCUCAAUUUAACGUCAUGUCUGACUGUACAAGCUUGUUAUCUGACUCUCCACUAAAAGCAAGUAAGCACAGGUAAUUUAAGCACUCCUUUGAGACAUCUUUGAGGCACUGAUGCUAAUUAUAAUGCUUCUCGAAGGAAUACUUCUUAAUUUUACUUAAUCAUACUUUGCUUAGUCUCAGCUUUAAGUGCUAAUCUUCUAAACUUCUCUUUUACCCCCUCUUCUUGUUUGUCCCGUCUUUUUCUCUGUUUCUGUCUUUACUCCCUGCAGAUUGAGAUCCACUGUGAGCACCAGCGGUUCCGGAUAUUCGUAGAUGGACACCAGCUCUUUGACUUUUAUCAUAAAGUAAAAUCUUUGACCUCUAUCGACACAGUACGGAUACAAGGAGAUCUACAGAUCACCAAGCUCGGUUAACUUUCUGCUCCUCCUGCUCUGCAAGUUGAGUGUGAAGCAAGGACUCGAUCACAGAUGACCACGCACACAUACAGUACGCACUUGUUAUGCCAUCAUCUAUUACCCAUCAUGCAACACUACAGCAACACAGCAACUGGAAAAAGGCUGGGUCUGUGACAAGUUCGAGCUCCUCUACGUAAUUUUAUUCACUUCUUUACAUUCCUUUCUGUUUGAUCAGGAUCUGAUAUGGUGAGGCUUUGACAGUGAAUGUGUUUGUUCCAUUUCAGGUUUUCCUCUUUGUAGCCCCAGUUUUGUCAGAUCAGGGAACUUAUAAUUUAUUAUUAGCAACACAAUGUUGAACCCUUUGGGGUACCAAGGCAGAGGCAGGUGUGGAGGUCCUUCAAGGAUGGGAUUAGUAAGUCUGAUUUUACAGAAAUAAACAACUCAGGAAAAAAAAUCUGCCACUGAGCAACUGGCAUGAGAGCAAAGUGUUGAUUUGGAAAAGUCUCCUUAAGAGGCUGAUGUUAACAGGCAGACUGACUCUGGGCAUAUUGAGAGCUUUCAAAAGUUUUGGAGGAACUGAGAUCUGCAUAUGAUUAAGCUUAAAAAUAAAUAAUAGGUAACAAAAACGAUGAAGAGUGACAAAUAUUCUAUCAAAUACAGCUGUAAAGGACUUCACUAGUGUUAACAGAUUAAACCUGAGCAUUAAAAACACAGUUUUCAAUAAUAGAUAAACACAUUUGAUCAAAAAUAGCUGUAGAUCAUUUGACACAGUCCAGGUUAAUGUUUUGUUAUUGUUGCAUUUGUCUUUCUAAACUCACUCUUUUAAUCUGAACUCAGUAGAUAGCAGUGUUGCACCCUGUUUUUGCUGUGCUGAUGCAUCUCCAGCUCCACAGGGCACUCCCCUGCCCUCCCUUGGGUGUGUCUCAGUUGCCGUAGUAACACAUUGCAGUCUCACCAACUCACAUUCCCUAAAAUGAGGAUUAUACCAUGGAGAGAUGUAUCAGAAUCAUCCCAUGCUUUAGACUGUACAUUUUGGUACUUAUCUUCCCAGUCUCCUAUAGGCAGCAAUUCUUGUGUACUGAACCAGUAGAAUUUGACUGUUGUCACACUCACAGCAUUUUCAUGCAAGAGUCAUAAGUAUUGUACACUAAAUAAGUACGCAACUAAUAAUAACGAAAAGGAACUUGAUUUAGUACAGAGAAGAAAAUGUACUGUCAGUUUGCAGAUUUUGGCUGAGUGCAAAUUUCAAUCCUUUAGUCACAUUCGGCUGCAGCCAGGUUUAUGGAAGCAGGACCAGAUUCUGGUGGUGUUUUGAAUGUAUAGUAUUCAUGUUUCUAUAGUAGUAUAGAAGAUCUAGUGAUGCACAAAAUGAAGUUAAUGUCACAGUUUUUGGUGGUAAUAAGGCAGGUGCUGUUUAUUUCAGUCCUACAGUAUGUCUUAUGUGUUUGAUGACUUUAUAAAUCAUUUCCAGAUCAUUCCACUUCAGUGUUGACACACUGAGGCAGGGAGAUGUUAUGAAGGAGGUCAGUUUUCCUUUAAUGCGGCCAGCAGGUCUAAAAAUUGUAAAUUAUUGUGUCUUGAAUCCAUUAUAUUGUUUUGUCUCUGAGACCCCUCUCUGCACAAACAUGCCUGUGCACAUAGGAUGCAUUUUCCUUCAUUGAGGUACAACAGAAGUUAUGAGAAACACGCUGUAACAGUACAGGCUAUGUUCAGAAACUUACAGUAUUAAAAUAUGAAGUCUUAAGUUGCUCUGUUACACCUCGUUCAGCACCAGUGGUUAAUGUGAAACUCAUUUAAUUCCUACAGUAGACAAAGAUUAAAAUUCCUUUCGCUGCACAGAUUUUUGGUAAUCACUUUUCAAAAGAUUUCUAGAAGGUGCAACUUGUUUCUGCACUGUAGACCAAGCUGCAUGUUGUUUUCACAUUUAAAUGAAGAAUUUUUGUAGCGUACAAAUGUCCAAAAAAGUUUUUCCACCAGCCGCAAAAAACCCAAAGAUUCUUCAUUUGUAGUCUGAUUGACAAAGCGAAACAGCAAAUCUUUGAAAUUAAAGAAAGUUGGAAUGAAUGUCAUGACAGAUAACUAAAUCACAUAUAAAAAAAGUUUUUGCUAGGUUUGUUUUGACACAAUAUUUCCCACAUGGUGACAGCACUGGGCGUUACUAAUAAAUAAUAAUAGAUUCAAUAAUGGUCAGUUAUAAAUUAAUGAGUAAAGCAUUGAGGAAGCCAGGCUGUGAAAAUGCUUGAUAUAUUUCUUAUUUUUAAGUUGGCAAUAAUGCUUGUCAUUUAUGUCAACUAAAAGUAGCCUUACAACUGUAAAAGUUAUUGUUCAUAAAAAUAUCAAAAACUUUUGACCACUAAUCUUAUAACAAUAAAAUAAAAAAGUAUCAGCUGUCAAUGUGGGUUAAAAUAAAGCUAAGUAGGAAAGCAAAUAUCAUUUUCCAACCCAAAAGUUGCCUCAAAUGAUACGAUCCAAAACCAUGAGCAUAAAUAAAUAAACUGAAGUUGAGAGGUGACAUUUAGAAAGCUCUACAGAACAAAACUUGAACCAGGUAUGAGAGGCUUCCAUCAUCACUGAACAUAGAUACUGUCCUUCAUAUCAAGCAGAACAUUUUCAGUAAAGUUUCAGUGUUGUCAUGAUUUUACUGCCACCUUGGGCUGUUUGACCCAAAGUGAAGAAAUGAAGAAUAAUCUUCACAAGGCUACACAGAAACCCUUUGAAUUUUUCACACUCCUACACUAGUUUUGAUGUGAAGUAAGGAUUCCCACCACCUCCUACUGCUGUCAGUUUCAAGUCAGCCAGGUGAUACACGGAGCUUGUUUUGGUGGCAUGCAUACAUUUAGUAUUUAAUAUCUUGACUCUUGUGUAGCAAUAAGCUGCCCUAGCUCAGCUAGCUCAGGGCAGAACUUGUUUUGGCCUUGUUGGUCAGAUAAGGUCAGUUCUUUAUUUUUCGCUUGGCAGGCGCUGGUUUAUUUCAGUCACAAACAGGAAACAAGUACACUUGUUAUGGAGGGCAAUGAGGAGUGCAGUUUGACAGAUAUGAGCCAGUGUGAUGCACAAUAACUCCAGUAUCACAUCCAAACUAAAGUGUACAGAUAGUGUAAAGUAAUUGUGUCCACUGGGUGUGUAUUUCUGUUCUUCCCGUUGACUGGUGACCAUCCAUUUGUUAUACUACAUUUUCUACAGUUUCCUGUGACAGAAAUGUAACAUUAUUUGUGGACAGCCUAUGACUAUAAAUCAGUAGUGUGUUUGAUGAAGGUGGAAAUAGGUUGUGAGUUUUUAUCACAGAUUCAUGACUUUCAGCAGCUGAAAAAGCAGCAGUGGUGCUGUUGGUUAGAACAACGGUUAGAGAGAUGAACAGUUCAACACUUCUUAAUUAAAGGGCUCACAUUAAGGUCAAGAGUUUUGUGUUUGUGUGCAUGUGUGAGUGUGUAUGCGUGGAUCUGAGCUGUGUAUAUGUUUACACAGACAGUGUAGAUCUACUUAAACGAAUUGUUUUGAAGACUAUUUUGAGUCUCGUGCAGCAAUGUGUUUGAGGUUUUCUGCACUGGCAGAUGUAUCAAAGGUACACAAUAAGCUGGCAGGGUACUGGAUUUGAUACUAACUGUAUUUGGUACUUGCUCACCUUAAGGUUGUUUUUAAGCUUUUUGAAGCUGUGGGAAGGAUUUGUAGAAUAUCACUGAAAAGUUGCUGGUAACAACAUGACCAAAACAAUAACUACUCUAUGCUGAAGGAGAAUUUAUGGUUCUUACAAAACUUUUAAAAAAGGACAAAAGAUGCUCCUAGAUCCUGCACACUGGUCCUUUUAAGAGAUCCUCGUGCUUGAAAAACCUUAGAAUAGAGUUGUCCUGAUACCAGUACCACAAACAGUACCAAUACCAUUGAAUCACCUAGUUUUAACCAUAGACUGUUCAUACUAUGGACAGUUAGUUUCGCCUUCCAUCAUUAUACGACUUUGAAGCCGAAUUUCUCUGUGUUUCCGGGAUUUUCUCCACUUCCUGGAACCACCACUGGUGCAGUAGUGUGUCACCACUGUCACCACUUGCGUGUAGCAUUGUACGCAUUCGGCGGGAGAGUCGCUGUGAUGAUGCUCCGCUCAAACAGCGUAUCCCCUGGGUGAGCUACAUAAACUUUGUAUGUACACCUUGGCAGGUGUCAAUCAUAGAAAACUUGAACCCCCUAAUAACUUUUAAAAAUGGAGCUGCACAGAAAAAAGAGGACUUGAGCACAAACCAGACUUACAGUAACUACAUGUCAACAUCACAACCAGGGGGGAGAUAAAUUCAUAUUCUGUGUAAUUAAUUUCUAAAGUUUGUCCACAGCUCCAGAAGGAUGGCUGGAGGAGAUGGGAUUUAUGAACUAUACAGCAGCCCGUCACCAGAGGGUGCUGUUCUUGUGGUGGCUUCACCCAGUGAGGUGGCAGACUUCGUCCAUUCUAUACACAGUCUAUGGUUUUAAGUAAUUUAUUAUGUGAUAGAAGGGAUAAAAAGUGUUUUGCCAGAAGAGUGUUAUGUAGUUCAGGGCUUGCAAAAUGCCACCAAUCAGUGUUGCCCAUCAAUUUAAAAUAUACAUUUACUUAUUUUCGCCUCAGUAUCAAUGCUGUUCUCAAAACUCACAGUAUUUAAGUGUAGGUAUUUGUAUCAACUCCUGAAUAUUUGUAUUUAAUACAGCAGACCCCAGUUACUGCUCUUCUAACAUUGUGUGUUUCAAUGAACAGAUCCUGGAAAUAAUUCUCCUUUUUUCCCCUAUGAUUUUUAUUGUUCUUCAAGCCAUUGAAAAUGCAACUGAAAAACUGAAUGUUAUUCUCCUUCUGAUUGUAAUCUGAUGAUAAAACCCAGCUUUGUUCAUCUUCAAAAAAAAGUGAAAUGGACCACCCUUCCUUCCCUGAGUGAAAGUUGGGUGUAUGAUGUAAGAGAAACUUUCCCUGCUCUUCAACUUUGGAUGUACAUAUUUUGGUACAUGGUCUCCUUUUAACACAAGGACCAUCAGCAGAAAGCAUUUCGUUGGUGCAUGUAAACUACCUAACAUUUUGUAUACAUGAAAGAUUGAGGUAUCGUCAGUGUUUGUCCAUUUAAGCAUGCUAUUUCUUUUAUUCCACCUACUUUGUAAGGCGAGUUUGACGGGCAGAUACUCCCUUGUGGUUACAGUUUAUUUUCCUUCUGGUCAGCGUAGAGAUAAUAAGAGUUUACCAAACUACAAUUAACAAACAAACAAACAAACAAGGGGUAAGAUGUACAAAGACAGAUUAUAGAUAAGGAAAAAUAAAUUAAUCUUUUUUCCAUCCAGGACACACAAUUACUUUCCAAAAAGUGCUCAGAUCUACAUGCUUAUUGUUAUUAUGGCUAAAUCAUCAUGUCCUUGGCAGAAUGAAGUGUCCACUGAGUAGAAGUAGGCUGAAAUGUUGCUAAUGUGUUGUGUGGUUGUACAAUCAUUUUAUCAUUUCUAUUUAUUACAGUGUAACCAGCAGGGUUGUGUGUGGUAACGUCAUACCUACUGUAUUGGUAACGUACCUAUUUUUGCUGUGUACAUGAAGGCAUCUUGAGAAGUGGAGUUUUUUUUUUUUUUUUAAUAAAGAUGAAGGUGUCUCUGGUUCAGGGCUGACAUGUGAGAUUCUUACAUAGCCUACUGUACUUUACGUUAUCACACUAACAAAUGUGCAACACUUGUCACAUCAAAUAUUCUUUUCUUAAAACGAGGCUAACCAUUGUUUUUACCAUAGUGUUUCCAAGAUGUACUGAGUCUGAGAAUAACUGGGGUGUCUGGACUUUGAGCCUCUGAAACCUUUUGUGCAUCAUGUUCUGUUUUUCAGCAGAGCAGCUUUCAGAAAUCUGCUCCACAAGUAACAGUAACAUGUACAGUACAUUUAUGGCAUGAUGCUGAUUCCCCUGAAAUGAUCCUGAUUUUUAUGUCUCACUAAAAAUGUGCACUGGACCAGUGUUUAGAUGAAGACGGUACAUUCUGCCACCCUGGUGUUAUAAGACCUCUCCAAAUAUUUCUUUUUCCUGCCUCAUGCUUUUGUAAAAACAGCUUCUUUGCAAAACAAUAAACUUCUCAUCUUGGAGGUGGUCAUUGA